CGCGCGCCCCCAUACUCGGCGCGCGCGUGCACGCACAUGACAGGGCAGUAUUAAGACCCCAGUCCGUCCCUGCAUCUAGGUAUUGAUGAGAUAUUACAAUACCCUCUCUGAAUAAGGAAAUGUGAUGGGAGUCUUCUGUGUGCUUCAGUAGAAUAUUAGCAGGGUUAUUAGUUGUCAUGACAAAUUAUUGCUCUUCACAUUAGCUAGGUGACAUCAAUGAUCACAUCACCAUAAAACCACAGGCCAUAGUAAGGGCUAGCUUUAGUGGCUUACAUAAUUACACUGGACCAACUCACCCAGCACUGACCUGGUUACUGAGGGCUAAAGAUCUUUCAUUGGGAAAAAGUUUCUUCAAUCAUGUGCUCCGGGGGCUGUGCGAAAUGCCUGGGCAUGACCUUAAUCCCCUUAGCUAUACUGUGUGUCCUGGCAAAUAUCCUACUGUUUUUCCCUGGUGGAAAGGUAGCCAGCAGCACUGAUCACAUCUCCCGUGAAGUAUUUUUCCUCGGAGGGCUCGCAGGAUCCGGAGUUCUGAUGAUUUUCCCAGCUCUGGUAUUUCUGGGUUUGAAGAAAAAUGAUUGCUGUGGAUGUUGUGGUAAUGAAAACUGUGGGAAGAGAUUUGCGAUGUUUUCUUCCGUCAUCUUUGCCGCCCUUGGUUUUGCUGGAGCUGCCUACAAUUUCAUCAUCGCUGCACUGGCUAUAACCAAAGGACCAAAAUGUUAUAUAGCAUCAAUAGGCAGUGAACAGAUUUGGGAUUAUCCUUUCACAGAUGAGAAAUACCUAGAAAAACCUGAAAUAUGGGACAUAUGUGGAGAGAUAAACUCUUUUAAAACUGAGAUUAUUAUCACUUGGAAUUUGACCCUCUUCUCCAUGCUCCUGAUAAUGGCUACAGUACAAGGUGUACUCUGCGCUGUACAAGUCAUCAAUGGUCUUAUUGGGACCAUCUGUGGGGACUUCAAGUGCUGCGGAUGCUGUGGCGGGAGUGAUGGACCUGUUUAACUUCUGAUGGGUCCUCCUACAUUCUGUGUCUUCCAUUCAUCAUCUAGCAAUGUGAACUACUAGGAGGAAGUCGAGAGAUGAAGAGCCUCUAUCUUCUUGUGUACAAAACUGUAAAACAAAUCACUUUUACACGUUUCAUAAUGUAUAUAUCUUAUGAUAUGCAGAGUGUCACGUAGUAGGAGGUUCUCACCCCUGUCCAGCCCUACUGUUAACGAUGACAAUAAUAUUUGUUUUACACUAGACUAUGAGAUGCUGUCACUUAUAACUAACUUUAACAAGAGCAGCUAGAGACUGCAACAUGAAACAUUUGACAGCGGCACUAGACACACAAAAUGAAACUUUAUAGUAAAACUCUGCGUCAUCUAUUCAUGCUAUUGAUUUUAUGAGUGGAAAUAAAAUCUUCAAUAUAUAAGAA